ACGGAGUAGUCGCAGAGAAGCAAUUUAUUGCACGCAAGCACGCCAGACGGAGACGAGAGACCGAUGCGAGACAGGCAGAACAGUGCAAACUUGCGGUUGGUCGGAACAUUGCUUUUUCCACGUCGUACCGGAUAUCUUCUCCUCGACACAAGGACCUGGACCUGGACCUGGAAUCCUUGAGCGUAGACGAGCUUCUAGCAGCAGCAGCGUAGGCAGCGCAGCGCAGCGAACCAGGCGAGGUCAGAGAGUUACUGCAUCGCAGCACAGUACCGCGCAGUGCCGUAGUAGCAGCAUCAAGCGAAAGUUGUCAAAACUCCAGAGGUCGCCGCUCCGCGCUCAAUUGAUCGUGCACGACGACGACGCCGCAUCCAGCAGCAGCAGAAGCAGAAGCAGAAGUCAGAGAUUUACUCGGUCACAACUUGUUGGUGUUGAUGCGUUUGAGAGAAUAUGCUCCAACCACAGCCCACGGCCUUUUCACCUUUCAACCUCUACGCGCUGCCGCUGCCGCCGUCAUCGUCCACCGCUUUUCACCCAUCGGGGCUGGCAAACGGAGCUCCAGGUCCAGGUCCAGGUCCAGCUCCACCCGUCUAUCGAGACCACAAUCACCACCACCCCGUUUUUAGUCCCGCCGCUACGACCAACCCCAACACCGGGGAACUCAAUUUCACAAACAACCUCAAUUCGACGCAUCGUCGUCCUCAUGCCCAUCCUCCCCCCCGCAAGAUUAGGAACAGGAUGAAUGACGAUCUAGCUGCCCAGGAGGCGCUGGCCCGUGAUUUUCAACCGGCCUUGACGGUAUGUGCUGAAGCGGAUAGCGGAGCGCUUUUCCAAACUGACAGCUGCAGGGUCCGUUGGUGGGCGACAAGAAGAGCAGUCUCGCCAUCACCGAGGAGUACGCCAGGGCGGAUCCCAUAUACGUUGCCAAAACUGCCGUAGAUGCCCCUUCCAUGAAAAUGUACAAAGUUUCUGCUAACAGAUCACCAGGCGCUGCCUCAAACGUACUCGCAUUUCAGACCGGUACUGGGGGAUGGGAACUGUGGAUGGCGGGGUAAGUCUUACCCCACAGGGUCCAUGUUGCAUAUCUUGCACAACCUCAACACUCCAGGAGACUUUUCUAACCUCACACAGCGGCGGGCUUUUCAUAUUUCGAGACCUAUGUGCGGACCGGAAAUCAGGCGGGCUUAAGAGAGGAAAUUACUCGCAUGACCUCACUGAACAAUCUCAUCACCAAUAUCGGAGGUUUCGAGCCAUGGGUUUUCGAGGAUAUGGUGGAGGAGACGAUAGGUCUUCUGAAAGAUCUGGCUGAUGCGUUACAAUCCUCGAUUCAAUCGGCAUCGAAUCUACUCAUGGAACGAUUCAAUGAUCAGGGAAUAUCGAAUGCCAUCGUCUACCACUUCAGGCUUCUCGCCAGUUCUUGGUUAAAGGCAAAUCCAACGGAAUAUCAAGAUUUCAUACAGGAGGAGGAUGGAGUAGAGGGGUAUAUAAAGAACUGGUUGGUCCCAGUGGACCGAGAGAUUGACCAUCUAGGCAUGACCUUGCUCAUCGACAUCCUGCUCAAGCCGGUCAACUUCGCUGUUGAGAUUGUUUAUUUGGACCGAAGUGAAGGCACACAAGUGAACAGUCAUAUCAUUCAGGUCCGAGACGCAAAUGGUGAUCCAACAAACGCAGGAGGGCCAAUGAUACAUCUACUCUAUCGACCAAGCCAUUAUGAUAUCCUCUACAAAGAUUCUCAGCCUCAAGCUUUAACUGAGGCUUUGCAGAAUACAGACAUGCAAGUCAACCGAGUAGCGAGUUUCACUCAUCACCACAUUGUCCAAAGCACUCCAGUAGCUAGCUUGUCUAGUUACAAUGAUGUGGACGUUCUUUUUAGUAUUCCUGGUUUCGGCCUCCAGUCAAAUCAUGGAUUUGCAUCGCAGUACCCGCCACCAAUUGAGCAGACUUAUACCCCCUCUCCAAUCUCUUCGAUAUCACCCAUCUCACCUGGCGAUUCCUCAGCUACGACACCUUCAAGUACGUCUUUACAACCAUGUUUCCCACAAUCACAACCGCCACCGGUUUCGAAAUUGACGCCGCCUGCACCCCCACCCAUCAUGAAUCCAUCACAUACAAAUUUUCCACUGAGUGCCGUGCCGAAUGUCCAUUCACAUCAACCCUUACCACACCGUCCAACAUUGACGGCAACGCAUACAUUGCCUCCUUCAGAAAUAUCUUCGCCAAAUUCUGCUGGUAGCUCUUUCCGUCCCAGCAGGUACGAACUUGAGGCCGACUGGGCACACGAAGGGCCAGUACAAUUCUUGACUUCUACCUUCAAAAACAGCCACUAUAACACGGCACAUUACAACAAUCCAAAUUUCCAACCGGAGGAAUGGACCCCGGAAUCAGACGAGCAACCACCCACGAGGAAGCGAUCAAGUUGAUGGAAUCUUGUUGAAUUUGUUACACUGGAAUUGAAAGUAAUUGGGGAACCCUAUCGCAGAAUCUACCAUGCCGUCUUGAUGACAGGAUUGGAGACAGAAUUUGCAUGAGCAGAUAGGGUGUGAUAUGAUCGUCGGGGGGUGGGGAAGGGGUUUGGAAGGAGAUUGACAAUGGAUAACCCUUCUAAUUCGAGAGGCAAUUUAAACGGAGCAAAUUGGAACGGGAUUGGGAAUGGGAAUGGCAUUUACGAUUUUAUUACGAAAAUUACUUCAACUUUCUUCGUCUUAUCAGCGAGCGAGCGAAAAUUUGUUAUGAUUACGAAGCGGCAGGCAAACCUUUUUAUUCAUAUUCUUUUUUUGAAUCAUCAUGUAAGGGAAAAAUGAGAGAAAUGAAGAAAGAAAGAAAGAAGAGAGAGAAAGAACGUAAAAAACGUAAAGAAAAAAAACCAAAAUUCCCAUCCAGCCAGCUUUUUUAAUUCUUAAUCUAAUUCAAAGUUUUAU